AUGCUGACUAUGUCGGAACCGCGCUUCGAUUUAUGCUGUCUGCCUGACUUCCGGCAUACUCAAGACCAUCAUCAAGCUGACUACAUCCGAGAAGAAUUCCGCCGAGUUUUUCCAGGCCGUCAACUCUGCGCUGCGGCUUUAAAGCCUCGCAUUGCUUCGCACCGCCGUGUACCUGACCUGCAAACCGCAGCUCUCCCCUGUUUCACGCCAUUUGCGUGCUGCAUCUCCUCUCGCUUUUGGCCUUCUUCUUUGUGGCCCAAUGACGGUACCAAGUUGGCGGGCUCAACCGAUGGCUUGUCAUGGCAGCCUUCCGGGCCAUCAUCGCGUGCGCCUUUUACCGCUUUCACUACGUACAUCUGGGUGACCGCGUCGACAUUUGUGAGCCAGUCGGGAUUUAAUGCGUCAACUUUCUAUGUCGUCAUUGACGUGAGUAUACACGCCGCCAACGAAGUCUUCCGCGACAUGAUUCCGGCUUGA